AUUGGCAAAACAAUAUUUUGAGUCAAACCGUUUCGAAAAUUAAAAAUUUGGUGAAAGAAAGAUGACGACAGCUAACUUGGAAAAGGGCGAAUUAAUGAGCCAAGUCAAGCAACAGAUUGCUGUGGCUAACGCGCAGGAGAUGCUCGCUAAAAUGACUGAGAAAUGCUUCAAGAAGUGUAUCAAUAAACCAGGAAAAGCAUUAGAUACCUCGGAGCAGCGUUGUAUUUCGCAGUGCAUGGAUCGCUUUAUGGAUGCAUGGAACUUGGUCUCUCGUACUUAUGGCAAUCGUUUGCAGCGCGAACAAACCAAGGUGUUAGAUCAGGUCGAUAUGACAAAUUAGGAAUACCACUGGUCCCUUCCACAUUAAAUCAAUUGUAAUAAAGGCAGGUGGGAAGCGGGCUCCAUACCAUACAUACCAACAA